AUGUUGCAGCAGAGCAGCGGAGGUGGGACUGUGACUGUGGUGGGCCCGGACUUCGAGCUCCUCGACGAGAUACUCUCGGUGAUUCCCACGGAUCCCUACGAGCAACUCGAUCUGGCCCGGAAGAUCACGUCCAUGGUGCUAGCUUUGCGCGUGUCCAAGCUCAAGUCCGAGAAGGACACAGCUGAAACUGUUGAUAUUGGUACAUGUGACCAACCAGUUCCUAGGGUGUAUCCUGAUGAUAAGGAUGAGGGGGCAAAUGGCUAUGUGGCACAUCAAUCUUUGACUGGCUCAACAGACCUAGCAAAUAAAACUGAUGAAGCGUCAUGGCGUUCUGGGCAAAUAUUAUCUAUUACUCCAUGUAUCACACCACGGCUUACACCAACUGGAACUCCAAAAAUUAUCUCCACAAGUGGAUCCCUUAGAGGUUACUCUUCUGUUGGAUCUCCUCAGAAAACUUCUGGUACAACAUCUCCUACAAAACCACCAUAUGAAGGGCGUGCCAUACUAUCUUCGUGGUACCCAUCAAGCCAGCAGUCAUCAGCAGCAAACUCUCCUCCUCGAGUACGUUCACAGCCAGGGCGGACUCCUCGAAUUGAUGGAAAGGAGUUUUUUCGUCAAGCCAGGAGUCGGCUAUCAUAUGAACAGUUCAGUGCAUUUCUGGUCAAUAUCAAGGAACUGAAUGCUCAAAAGCAAACUCGAGAGGAAACUCUAAGGAAAGCAGAAGAGAUAUUUGGGACGGAUAACAAAGAUCUUUACCUAUCAUUUCAGGGAUUGCUAAACCGCAAUGUGCGCUAGAACUCAUAAGUACAUUGCUUGUGAUGGUUUUUAAU